GGAGUCGGAGCGGCUAGCAUUGCAAGCUGCGCUGCACAACCAACCAGGAAGUCAACAAACUUCCUCACAAACACCAGUUUCUCUCCGGGUUCUUCUCCACGGUGAAGCCGAAACAACAACAUGAGCUCCGCGCCCUCUUCGACUGUCGGGGAGCUAUUCCUCAUCCUCAGUGAGAUGGGUUUCACGGAGGAACAGAUCCAGGCAGCUAUGCAGGCAGGACAUUUCUCUGUGCCCGAUGCAGCUGAGUGGCUCUUGCAGGGUCAGUAUCCACGGCACAAGUUGGUCAAGCAGUCACCACAGCCCGCUGAAAACCCAUUUUCUGCUUUCAACCCACCGAAAGAGGCAGCAGGCACUUCAGAGUCACAUCCGUCUCCAACUGGAAGCGGAGCAUCCCCUUCACUGGUGUUGAAACCGUCACAACAGUCCCCAGAGCCGCUACCAGUAGAGUCGCGCAUCAAGCAAGACAAAAGUGACUUUGAAGACCACGAGAGACACCGUGUUGCUCAGGAGGCCAAGGCAGAGAGAAUUCAAAAGAAACAGGAACGCGAAUUGGUGUUGAAGCGGAUAGCUGAGGAUCGGAAGAGCCUGCAGAGGAAGAUCCAUACCAGCCCAGUCACUGAGACGUCUCCUCCUAGUGGUCAACCGCAGAAGCUUGGAGGAAAUAGUCAGACUAAUGUCGAUAACAACUGCAUCCUCAUGAUUCGGCUUCCGUCCGGUGAGUCAAUCCGUGAACGCUUCCCAGCUGAUGCCCCGCUGCGCAGUGUCAUGGAGCACAUCUCCGGACGUCACCCCUCCCUACCCUCCUUCUCCCUCCUCCAGGGUUUCCCUCGGAAGCGUUUCGGGGAGGCAGAACUUGCUUGCUCUCUGCGCUCCCUGGGCCUAACACCCAAUGCCGCACUGUGUAUUCAGACCACUCCUCCAGAAACGCCUCAGGAUCCGCCGAGUCCUGCAGAUCCACCGUUAGCAGUACAGAACGAGCCACCUCCGUGCGUUGAACCUCCCCAGCCUCUUCAGCCUCCCCAGCCUCGUAUCCCUGUCAUGGAGGGAGCCGAAGGGCAGGACAUGGCUCUACCUCCUCCACUACCCAACCAACUGUGGGAAGAGGCAGUCAAUUAUGCCGGGAUCCCUGAAGCUGGUGCUUCACUGUCUGGACCAUCUCACUGCUGGGGACGAGGCCAGAAGCUGGUUCCUGCUAAUGCAGAAGAAGCUGCAGGCAUAGAGGUCGAUGAGGAGCCAGAGGCAGACGAGGAACCACCUUACGUGCUGAACGGAAUGCCGAGGCUGCCCUUCUUUCCAGAGAACCGGAUCCGAGUGGGAUUUGAGCCAAGGCACCACUGGCCAGAACAAGGCAAUCGACUCAGUGUAAGUGUAGCUGAGGCUGGCCCGUUUGGUAGGGAGGCUCCAGCAGUGGACCCAGCAGAGCCUGAGGGAGCAGGAGGUCGGAGGGGGCCCCCGGCUGCAGGUCUGGCUGCGGUGGAGCGUCUUCAACGUGCCGCGCAGCAAGAGGACCCCAGCGCCUGCCAGGGACAGCCGUCACCCCCUAAAAGAGCCUUCAGGACACCCAGCGUACCGUCCCUAUGUGCCUUGGCUACUCGAGCAACCGUGCACCUCAUGACCGCUCCCAGUAUGCAGUACAGCAGCAGUCUGGCAUGUCUGACCCCGGAGCUAGCAGAGCUUCUGCUCAACCACAUGUCCCGUGAAAGGCUCCUUCGUCCGCGCACCCUGGAGCUCUUCUUCGGCUGCCCGUUGCAGAAGUUUGUCCUUAACUGCUACCCUUACUCCACCAAUGAGCUCCUGCGGCAGUUGAGGGCCUUUUCGGCUCUCAAGCAUCUGAGUCUUGUCAACUCACCGCUAAUCACUGACUCUGGUCUAUCCAUCCUGUCCAGCCUGGUGAAACUCCAGCACCUUAACCUCGCUUCCUGCAGUAAACUAACGGACUCCUGUCUGCAGCAUAUCAGAGGUUUGAGCAGUCUGUGUUUCCUGUCACUGGACCAUACCAAAGUGACCGACGCCGGGAUGGUGUUAUAUCUGCAGUCAGCUCCGUCCUGCCUCUCUCAGCUCAGCCUGAAUCAGACGGCGGUGACAGAAGCCACGCUGGCAGCCCUUCCUUCAUGUGUGCCACAGCUGCGACUUCUCAGCAUCAAGCAGACAAAGGUUAAGGAUGUGUCCGCUUUGGCAGAGCUGUCCAGCCUGCAGACCCUCAACCUGGACGGGACACGUGUGACAGAGGAGUCACUGAAGAGCCUCGCCAACCUCCCUUCCCUGUCUUCCCUCAGUUUGGCGGAUGUUCCUGUUGCUGAUGGGAAUCACGCCCUUCAGAUCAUCUCAGGUCUCAAGUUGACUCACCUCACCCUCCCUGGACGCCACUCGGUGAACGACAGCGGGUUGGCGUACCUCUCGGGUCUGUCCUGGCUCUUGGAGCUGGACCUGACAGACUACACACAGGUCACAGACCAGGGAGUCAAUCAACUCUCCACCAUGAGCAGGUUGAAGAAGCUGUCACUCAGCAACACUCAGGUGACAGAUGCGGGGCUUCCCUCUCUGCGCGGGCUGCAGGAGCUGCAGGAGCUGUGCUUGGACCGAACAGCAGUCACCAGCCGAGGAGUGGCUGAGCUCAUCGUCUGUCUGCCGCACCUCCAGGUGUUGGGAUUAGCCAGCACUCGGGUGGGAGACACAGUAGUGAGGAGAGGUGUGAUCCGCUGCAAUCAGCUUGUCAAAAUUAAUCUCAGCCGCACACGCAUCACUGACCACGGUCUCAAGUUCCUGAAACACAUGCACCUGGCUCAGGUGAACCUGGACGGCACCGGCGUGAGUCUGAUGGGUAUCGCCAACCUCCUCUCGUUCACCAACAUCAGCAACAUCCGGGCCAGCAACACCCGAGCCAUCCCCCCCGAUGAGGCGUCGGACGAGGAGUGGGAGGCCCAGUGAGCAUCGACCCCAGCCCCCCUCAAUGAACCUGAGCGCACCUCUGACUGCUGCUAUCCUCUUCUACCCCCCCCCCACGCCGCCUCCAGGAUCACCUGGGAACGGCGUCACCAAAACACUCCUUCAACUUGCACUGUUUCAACAGAGACUAGCGCCACUAAUCUGUCAAUCAUCCACGCUACGUUGAAACCUUAAAUGGGAGGCUUGUGUUUAACAAUUAGGCCGUUAACGUUUACAUACUGUACAUAGAAUCAAUCAGUAUUUACUCACACACACUGCAGCCCUGGGUCUCUGGAGGAGACCCCCCCCCGAAAAACGUUGUAGCUCUAUGUGCAGCCUCGUAUGUCUGAGACAACAGUGAUCGGCAGAAAUGUAACGUAUAACACAGCAUGUAUUUUCAGACUAUAACAGAUUAUUGAGACUAGAAAUUAAAUGACAGACUAUUUAACUAAUUGUCUUUUGAACCAAACGUGCUAGGUUCAAAUACAGAUGUCUACCACUGUUAAGUUUGAGUGGAUUUAAAUCAUAGGCUGUUAGAGAUGGACGAUACGUACUAACAUGUAAUGCAGCGGAACCCCUUCUGCUUCUCGCUCGUCUUCCAUCUUAAUCUACAGCCCAUGUUUUAGAUUUACCAAGAAUUGCUUGUUUAUUUUGCCAUUAAAUGUCUGUUUUACCUGUAAGGGGCGUUAAACAGUGAAGGAGAUUUAAGAAUAAUUUUUGGUUUUUACUUUUGGAAUCAGACCCAUAUGGAUGUUAGGUGAAUUGCUUUUUUCCAGACUGCAUCCUGGAGAUGCAUUGGCCUCGACUGAUGUUUAUAAGUGGCUUUUUCAGAUUCUUAUUUUAGCAAUGUUACCUGGUAAAGAUAUUUAGGGGCAGCCGAGCCAUUUACUUAGAUACUUAGUGAGAAAAGUAUUUUGUAGUGGCUGUAUAGAGGUAGAUGGUUAUUUAUGCAGCCUUGGGGCUCACAUCAGAAUCCAAAGCAACUUAUCAUUUCAAGUUUUGUCCUCUAGUUUACAGAUGUUGAACAGUUUAUUUUCCCUAGAAGCCUUUGAUUUGAAGAUACCAGCACUGUAUUCAUUAAGUUUAGAAUGAAUAAAAGAAAACAUGAGACUAAA